AUGGUUGUGACGAUCUCGAACAAGGGCCAGAACAACUACACCAUUGUUGGUUCGUCGUCCUCGUUCCACGACCCUGUCAAGCACUGGAAGCUGCUCAAGAACGGCACCACCACCAAGCACAAGCAGGCUUUGAACGCUGGCGAGAACUACACCGUCCCCUACAACGUGUACAGCGACGUGCCUUCCUCGGUCCCACACUUCGUGUGUCUUCCUCGCUCUAGUGGCUGGCCAGUCUUUCGCAUUAACCAAGCUACUUCGCUAGAGUCCAAAGCUAACCCCAGGUUCAAGCCCCAGGACCUCGGCCUGACGGUGUGGGUCGACCUGAAGAACGGCAAGGAGACGACGCGCGUGACGGCGUACAACCAGACGAUCUCGGUGCAGGAGCCUUCGUCGAGCAGCUUUGACGUCGCGGGCAUUCUGGCCUGGACGCUGUUCCUCCUCGGCGUCGUCGGUCUGCUCUGGCUCGGCUCGCUCGUGUACUUUGGCAAGAACGAGGCGAAGCGCAACAAGCGCCGCGGCGACGCCGAGCUGCGCGCGUCGGAGCGCGCCAAGGCGGCUGCCAAGGCCCCCGUCGUCGUCAAGAGUGGGUACGAGGAGGAGUGGAUCCCCACGCAGCACAUCAAGGUCCGCAAGGCGGGCGUCACGAGCGACGACGGCACGAGCGGAGCCGAGAGCGAGGGCAAGACCCGCCGGAGGAAGGGAAGGAAGUAA